GACGUAUAUAACGAGGGUGGACGCGAGCAGUGGUGGUAGCAGCAAGUUUCGACAUCUUCCGCUACACGACUCGACCGCAACACAGUCCAAUCGCAUACUUCAGCGACGAUGACGACUGUUACUGCUUGGCUUAUCACAGGGGCAUCCCGUGGCCUCGGUUUCGAGCUCGUCCGCCAGCUUACCUCCAUGCCCAACAACCUUGUAAUCGCCGCCUGCCGGAACCCGUCCUCCGCGUCGCAGCUGCAGGCCCUCGGGCACGCGGCCGGCGCAGAGCUGCACACCGUGAAGCUCGACGUGAACAGCGAGGAGAGCAUGCGUGCGAGCGUCGGGCAGGUCGAGGCCGUGUUGAAGGGCCGUGGGCUCGACUACUUGUACAACAAUGCCGGAAUCUGCCCGCGCGACGAAGCAUUCGACUUCUCCUACAGCGAAUUGCUGUCACUGCUCCAAACGAACAUCGCCGCGCCUGCGAUGAUGGGCCAGCUCUACGCGCCGCUCCUCGCGAAGGGCGCCAAGAAGACGAUCGUCAACAUCAGCUCGGGUACUGCGAGCAUCGGGAAGGACAACGGGACUGCGAUGGCGACGUACAGCAUGAGUAAGACCGCGGUCAACAUGCUGACGUACAAGCAGAGCAAGGCUCGCCCGGAGUUUACUGUCAUUUCGCUGAGUCCUGGCUGGGUGAAGACGGACAUGGGCGGCUCCAGCGCGGCGUUGGAGCCCACGGAGAGCGCCGCGGGACAGCUGAAGGUGGUGCUGGGGCUCACGAAGGGGGACUCGGGCAGAUUCUUUGCGUAUGACGGGCAAGAGCUGCCUUGGUAAAUGCGUUCCAGUGAGUGCUAUGUGAGAGGUGUGUGCAUUGUAUCGAUGAUGAUGAUGAGUGCCGAAUGCGCAUACAGUGUGGUGCUUCCACCGAGUCAGUGUGACUACGGGAUUGAUGCUGGAUGGUAUUGGCCCUAGGCUCCCUUCGUCAACGUCAGCG